GCAUAAUAAGCAGUACGCUAUGUCUCCCAGGUUGACGUGCUCGUACUCCGCAAGUUCGAGCAGUACCUGCAACCGGAACAUGAGUACCGUCGUGUCGUUGAAGCGUUCGAGGGCUGCGCAUCCAGACUGCUGUGUCUAGUGGAUGCUCUUCCGGCAGUCAGGACCAUGGAUGACCUCGAGAACUGCUUGAGAACGCUGAGAACACCACGAAAGCUCCCUUUGCGAGCGGCAUGGGCAGCUCGACCGUACAGCAAAGAAUGUUCGCCAGAGCCAGUACUACUGGAAGGUGACUGGGCGGCUCUGGAACACCUCUUGGCGGCCGCUGAGGACGAGCGAGUGAGGGACCUCAAGGGCAUAUUGCGGCGAGAUGGCAUUGUCGCUGCAGUAGCCAACGCUUCACGCAUUAACAGCACACAUCCAGAUCUGCUGGAGUUCAUGUCACGGAGUGAAUCGCAACUCCUGGAACUGCGCGGAGCAGCUCUGCUGAACUUGAGACAAGGGGCAACACUUGUGCUCACUGCUUCGGUAUCAACCCAUGCCAAACUCACACGAUGGCUUAAGCGCAGGUACGGGCUGGAACUGUGUCUUCCAUGUCAGUAA